UCUGGCAGCUAAUUCAUGUCCAAAUAACAUUAAUAUUUAAUUCUCUGAUAAGUGUAGUACUUGUCUUUUAUUGGACACUUCUCUAAGGCAUCAGCAAGGCAAUGUUUACAACUUCAGAGCAUAAGUCCAUUCAUGAUCGACUGAAAAAUAAAAACUCACAAAAUGAUUAUCAUCAUCAUCUAGUCGGUGCAGAUUCUGUCCUAUUAUUUCCCUAACUUAAAUUUUGAAUGUAAUCUGAUAUUUGUAGGUACCCUGCUGAAUUCAGUCUGAGCCACACAUCAGUCCUGUAGCCUCCAGUGCUUCAAGAUUCACACCCAAUAACACAUGAAUAAAAGUUCUAUUUUAAGGCAAGAACAGCUGAAUUUAGCUAGUUAUGUUUGAAUAUUGAUUUCACAGUAUUAUCUGUAAUAAUGAGUAUCAGUAUAUUCUGUAGUAACGUGUAUCUUUAUUGUAGAUAUGUAUCAGUAUUAUCUGUAGUAAUCCCUGCUAAAAACAAACAAACAAUAGAAGCCCAAUAGAAACAUCACAGAAAUUAGAAUGGUUUCUAUUAAAAUACCAUUAUAAACCAUUAGCUUUUUCCAGUUAAACCAUUACAAAAUUCCUUUUUGUAGUGUGUUUUGGGUAUUUUUCCAACAGGAUUUAACAUCCCAGCAAUAGAAUCCAUCACAUACCAGUAGACACCAUUAUAGUUUCCAUUAAAACCAACACAACUCCCAUUAUAACCAUUAAAACCAUUACAUUUUCUAUUGUGUUUUGGGCAGGGUUCUGUUGGUUUUUUCAGCAGGGAUGAGUAUCUUUAUUUACUGUAGUAACGAGUAUCAGUAUUAUCUGUAGUAACGUGUAUCUUUAUUUAUUGUAGUAAUGUGUAUCAGUAUUAUCUGUAGUAAGGAGUGUAUUUCUUGACUGUAGUAUCAGUAUUUCCUGUAGUAAUGUGUAUCUUUACUGUAGUAAUGUAUCAGUAUUUCCUGUAGUAACGCUGUUGGGAGGCGCGUCUAUAGCAACAGAUUUGGUCACGAGCACAAAGCGAUGCAUCUGUACUUGUAUUAGCUGCAGCACCGGUCAUGCUGGACCUGUAUACACUAAUGUACUAGUGAGUGUGUAAACUGAAGUGUUUGCUUGCAGAUUUUUGUCAUGCUUCAAAUCCCUUCGUCGGAGUACGAGCGCAGUCAUCUGUGGAGACUCUGUGGCGACGAUAUCCAUCAUAUUUGGUCGCUCGUGUCGUGUUUUAUUGAACAACAGAUGUUCAUGCGAAAGGGGGUUCAUAUCUUCGGUUUAGGCACUUUCACGUUCUGCCAGCAGAAGCUGAACCUCGGGAACAAACAUAUUCUCAAACAGAGACCUGUCUUCAUCCUGUCAGAGAAACUCUCUCAGUGUUAUGGAUUUAAACAGCUCAAACCACAGGCUACAGGUGUUCCUGUGGUGCCGCUCAACUUCUCGGCCCUGAGCGCCGAGGGCCCGUUCCAGCGAGACGCCGUGGAGAGAUGCGUGCGAGAAACCCUUCUCCUGCUGCUCCGCACCGCAGCCACGCAGCCGUCCGUCUCUCACACGUUUCCUGGGAUCGGAGUCCUGACUUUCCGGCAGAGCCGAGUCAAGAUGCUGUUCUGCCGUGACUUCAUCUCAGCCUUAGACGGCUCCGGGAAGCUGUCCUCCGCUUCAGCCAGCAGACCGGAAUCGAGGAACUCUAGAGAAUCUGAGAGACCUGCGACCUUCAGCGGCGCCACGCUUCCCAGAAUACCUGCAGGAGAACCUCCGAGAAAACAGCUGCAGACUGAUGAAGAUGAAGAUGAUGGUGGUGGUGGUGGAUGGGCAGAGAAGCAGCGGCCGGCGGACAGAGCGACUGACCUCACAGACAAACGCCCGGCAAACGCUGACAGAGGCGUCUCGCGGCCAGCAGGCGGCGCUCUCAGCAUCUCGACAGUGAAGAGAAGCCCUGCAGAUGAGAGUCUGAUGUGCUGUGACCACAGACGGGCCGGACAGGAGCUGUGUUACGUCUGCAUGCAGCGAGCGCAGAGAAACCGGUCUGAUGAGAGGAGCAGAGCCGAGCGAGAGCAAGAACGAGUGUUAAUGCUUCGAGAACAUCAGAAAGACCUGCAGUACUUCCAGAAAGAAGAGACGGACAGACAGAAGAAGCGUGAGGACGGUCAGAAGCUGGCGGCGUUUAAUCUGGCCGCCGCAGAGGCUCAGAGACGCAGGAAAGCAGUCGCGUCCAGCCAAUCAGACGGCUCGUACAUCUUUGCGGGUCGAGCCUGCAGCGCAGACCGUCAGUCACAGCAGAGAGCGUACAUGCAGCAGCUGAUGCUGGACGCUGCCGGACGCAGACGGACGCAGACGGAGCAGCAGCGGCUGGACAGACUGCAUCUGCUGCAGCUCUCUGAAGAGAUCGCGUUAGAAAGAUCUCAGCAGCUUCGUGAGAAACACGAGACGUCCAAGAAAUACCGAGAGGCACUUGAAGCACAAACGGUUCUCCGCUGUUCAGAAAUCUCUCCGCGUUUGGACGCGCGGCCCGUGUUUGGACUGAUGGACUGCAGUCCGGCGUCUUUAGCGGAGCAGAGACGGAGAGCACAGAACAUCUCUGAAGAGCUGAUGAAUACAGCCAACCACAGGAGGAGAGAAACGCUGGAGAAACGCUUGAACGAGCAGAAGAGAGAGAGAGAAAUGAUGCAGAGAGACCUCAAAGAAAUGUUAGACGAGCGAAUGCGUCGCUACGAGAAGCUGUGUCUCCUGCGGGCCGCGUGCGAGGAGAGCUGGCAGCGCAGCGCCGACCUCAAACACCAGCGAGACCGAGAGGAACUCAACAGCCGGAGGUUCGGAGGUCAAACUCUGACAGAACAGCUCGGAAAAUAUGAGCGAUGCAGUCGAUGCAAACGCAGCACCGCCAACCGCGGCGAGAGCAACGUCUUCAGAGACACCAAUUAUGUGUCUGGAGCUCGAUCGAUGCUGUAGACCUCAGAUAAUAAAGAUGAGCAAAAUAAGUGUAUGCUUUUUAUAUGAAGUAUAUGUGAGCAUUAACAAGUAUAAUGACCACUCUCACCAAGCAUUAUAUUUUACCGUAAACACAUAAACUGACCACACGUCACGAUGAGCGUCCUCAUCCACAUUUACAGCAAACUGAGAGCGUCUGCUGUGUUCAUCCCCACCUCGUCUCCUAGACGGCCAUCACGACAAGACCUCGGGAACCAGACGAGUCCUCUGCUCAAUCUGACUCUGCUGCAGCUGGAUCUGAACUGCGGGUUCGUCUGGUCAGAGGAGAACUGACCCCCGACUGAGCCUGGUUUCUCCAAGGUUUUUUUCUCCAUUCUGUCACCGAUGGAGGUUUGAUUCCUCUGGCUUGAUUAGUUGGGGAUGCUUAAUUUCCAGCGAUAUCGUCGACUUGAUCGCACAGAUACUACUUAAACUGAACUGAGCUGGACGAUGACAUUCACUGAAUUCAAUAAUAAAAUGCCUUUUACUGAAAAUUGAGUGUUUACUCUUGUCAUUUUACAUUAUUGACACACUAUUUUCCUAUUUUGAUA